AUGGUUGCCACCAGCGCAAAAGACGUAGACAGUGCCGAAAUCGUCAAACACAUUGCCCAUUUCUUGAAGAAAUCCGGCAAAGUGAAGGUGCCCGAGAAUGCGGAUCUCGUGAAACUUGGACAGUCUAAGGAAUUGGCGCCAAUCGACCCCGAUUGGUAUUUCAUCAGAUGCGCCGCCAUUGCUCGACGACUCUAUGGACGAUCAACAGGUGUCGGCGGACUCCGAAAGAUCUACGGAGGAAAGCUUCGCCGUGGCGUUCGCCCAAAUCACUGGAUUGCCGGCUGUGGAUCGGUUUGCCGACGAGCUCUCCAAACUCUCGAACAACUCAAAUGGGUUGAGAAAGCCGCCGAGGGAAAGGGACGCAUUCUUUCAAAGCAGGGUCGCAAAGAUUUGGAUCGAAUCGCCGCCGAUGUCAAAUCGAAACAAGUGGCCGCUGAGUUU